AUGUUCUAUAUACAGAGUUCUGAGGCACUGCAGAUUCUGAAGAAUUCCCUAAGGAAGCACCUCCCUGAGUCCUUAAAGGUUUAUGGGACUGUCUUCCACAUGAACCAGGGAAAUCCAUUCAAACUCAAGGCUGUGGUGGACAAGUGGCCUGAUUUUAAUACUGUUGUUAUUCGACCACAGGAACAGGACAUGACAGAUGACCUUGACCACUACAACAACACUUACCUAAUUUAUUCCAAGGAUCCCAAGCACUGUCAGGAAUUCCUUGGCUCAUCAGACGUCAUUAACUGGAAACAACAUUUGCAGAUCCAAAGUUCACAGUCAGACCUGGGCAAAGUGAUAGAAAACCUUGGAGCCACUAACUUGGGCAAGGUCAAGCAUAAGCAGUGCUUUCUCUAUAUGGUAUCUCAUACAGCAAAGAAACUGACUCCUUCCUUGGUGGAUGCAAAGCACUUAGUCAGCAGUGACAAACCCACGCCUUUUGACCAUCAGUUAUUCAAAUUUGCCCGUCUGGAUGUUAAGCAUGCUGCAUUGGUGAACAGCAUCUGGUAUUUUGGUGGCAAUGAGAAGAGCCGGAAGUUCAUUGAACGCUGUAUCUUUACCUUUCCCAGCGUCUGUAUUAUGGGGCCUGAGGGGACCCCUGUGUCCUGGGCCCUGAUGGAUCACACUGGAGAACUAAGAAUGGCAGGCACCUUGCCUAAGUACCGGCACCAGAGCCUCAUUUACCAUGUUGCUUUUCACCAGGUUCAGACACUAGAAAAGCUGGGCUUUCCCAUGUAUUUACAUGUGGAUAAGGUUAACCUCACCGUUCAGAGAAUGUCUGCCAUGCUGGGGCAUGUCCCCAUGCCCUGUACCUGGAACCAGUGGAACUGGGUACCUCUCUAA